GUUGUGCGCCUGCGCUUCAUUUCCCCCGUGUGCGGUGGGGCCGAAGUGCUGUCAUGGCGGACCCGGCGGCUCCCGGCCGGUUGGAAAGAGGCAAUGGAAAUCUAGGGGUACAGGAGGCGGCGGGUCCUGGAGGAGCCCUGGUGGAGCUCACCCCGACCCCCGGCGGCCUGGCUCUGGUGAGCCCCUACCACACCAACCGGGUUGGGGAUCCCUUAGACCUCGUGGCGCUCGCCGAGCAGGUGCAAAAGGCUGAUGAAUUCAUCCGAGCAAAUGCUACUAACAAGCUGACAGUCAUUGCUGAGCAAAUCCAACACUUGCAAGAACAAGCUAGGAAGGUACUGGAAGAUGCUCGCAGAGAUGCUGACUUGCACCACGUAGCUUGUAAUAUGGUGAAAAAACCUGGCAGCAUUUACUAUCUUUACCAGCGGGAAAGUGGCCAGCAGUACUUUUCCAUCAUUUCUCCAGAGGAAUGGGGAGCAGGCUGUCCACAUGACUUCCUUGGUGCCUACAAGCUGCAACAUGACUUGUCGUGGACUCCAUACGAAGACAUUGAGAAGCAAGAUGCUAAAAUUGGCAUGAUGGACAAGCUGCUGAGCCAGCCCAUGGCCUUGCCCCCAUGCACCGAACCCACCUUCCAGGGACUCACUCACUGAGUGUGGCUCUGAGGAACAGCGCUCAUGACAAAGGCCUGACCACCAA